CCUGUCGAUUUCCCUGUGGCCCCGGCCAAGGCGGUGCCGAUUGCGCUGGAGCGCGCGGGCAUCAGCAAGGACCAGGUGGCGGUUUGGGAGUUCAACGAGGCAUUUGCGGCGGUGAUCAAGGCCAAUGAGAAGAUUUUGGGACUGCAAAACGCGCGAGUCAACCCGUUGGGUGGCGCCAUCUCGCUGGGUCAUGCGCUGGGCAGCUCGGGCUCGCGCAUCCUGGUGACGCUGCUGCACCAGCUACAGCCAGGCGAGUACGGUGUGGCAGCCAUCUGCAAUGGCGGCGGAGCAGCUAGCGCGAUGGUCGUGCAGAAGCUGGACCGGGUGGACUAA